CGCUUCCCGCUCUCAGCGCUGGAGUACCAGCUUGACUGUUGGCCUUUCUGUCUCAGGAGAACUGCGCGAGUAAGUUCCUUCAGGCAAAGCGAAGAUAAAAAUCAGACAUGUUGGCGCAAAAGCAGCGUCACAGGAGCGAUGGGAACAUUUCAGAGAGUGUCAGCGGCGACCGCGGGUGGUUUUGCGCUGCCGUGCGUCAAGAGACGGAUUCAUAGGACGCGCAUCUACCCACGAGCUCGCGCGGAGAGCACAACCAACUUCUGCGGCGCGUGACUUCAUAACGCACCCGCUCCGGACCUUUUAAACUUUAUGUACUGGAGGAAUAAUCACAACACUGCAACAAUGACAGCGACUUUCGUUGGCUUAUAAUAAUAAUAACAACGCAUUGCCACUUUUGAAUCUCGUUUCUGACGGAAUUUUGGUGAGAGGUAAAGGACACGGAUUUUUGGGGACCGCAACAAGGCUAUUCUGCUAUCGAACCAUUUACAUUAUCACAUGACUUUUCAGAGGAUUAUGAUAUUUAUUCAAGAACUUCUCAAACUAGACUAUUCAUAAUGUCGUUUUUGAACAAUAGACUACUACCCAGAAAGCCAAAGAUGACCGCUUUACGGAUGGCGUUAAUGCACGCGCUCCUCGUCGCGUCUCUCCAUGGAGUGUGUGAGAGCAGGGGCGGAGGUAGCGAUCCCGUGCCCAGGUUCUCUUCAUCCUUGCCAACGUACCUCCCUGUGUCCUGCCAACUGCAGGGUGCAGAGUCAUCCUUCUUUCUCCGGGAGGCCACACAGGAAGUGAUGCGUAAUGGGAGCUUGCAGACACGCAGUGAGCCCCUGUUUCUCCACUUACCAGAUGCUGGUCCAGCUUCCAUCUUAUCGGUUAACUGUAGCUACGGAAACCUCACCGCAGAGUCGCCAGUACCACCAGAACUCCUCCAAGGGGCGCUGCCACGGUCCUUCCACACCUCGACACACCUCACGCUUGGCUGGAAGGUGAGAGCGCACCUGGUGAGCCGGAGAAUAGGAGUCGAACGCUCUCAAAUCCAGGUGUUGUUUUACCUGGCGGGCCGCAGGUGGGAGGAUAUGGAUCCUCCCACUGAACUGCUCCCGUGUAUUCAUGUUGUGGGGAUUCGUGAUCCGGGUGAAGGUUCCAUAUCCACAGCUUGCCGACUAGAGGGAAACCUGGGAAUCUGCGUAGCCCAACUUAACAUCCCUACAAGUUGGUUCAAUGCUCCUCCACCACGUAGACGCGGACAGGAGCCUACUCCCAUCACGGUGGAGUUGCAUUACUCCAUCUCUCCUCCAGAGGCCCUCCGGAAGGAGUGUGUUGCAGGGAGGGUUCAAGGAAAGACUGUCGGGCAGGAAGGGGAUAUGCAAAGGAUUGGGACAGUGACUCUUAGCGCUGGGGACAACAAAGCACCCAGAACCCGACUUAGACUGGAUGGAGAUGUGGAGAUUCUGGCGCCCCCCAGCCCAGUGAAACAGGGACAGACUGUGGGAUUUCAAGUACUAAUGAAUCCUGCUGCCACCACCGAACAGUUCACACUCAGAGUCCAGUACGGAGAAGGCAUUAAUUUCAUGGUGGUGAAGCCCGGUAAUCUGGCGACAUGGGAAAUCAAGCAAGAAGUGGUGCCAGGCUCCUCCUCCCUGUCCAUAUUCUGCCAGAGGAAAGCCAGCUCCGCCAAUGAGAAACUUGAUGGUUCCUACUACGAGAUCAUGUGGGUGGACUUUGAGAUUGACAAUUUCAUCACAUUGCGGUCAUCGCAGUCCGUCCGCUGGCAGAUCGAGUAUCCAUCCACUGGAGCGUCAGCUGAGGUCAUCUCCACCAUCUACAUCAGCCAGAGAGACAUCCAGGGCAUCGUGCCCAUCGCUGAGGACACAGAGAUUCUGAACACUGCCAUUCUGACCGGACGGCGUGUUUCCAUGCCGGUGAAGGUUGUGACAGUGGAGCAGGAUGGGACAGUCAGAGAGGUUGACGACCCCAUCACCUGCAUCUCCACCGAUGAGGACGUCCUGAAGGUCUCGCUCGGCUGUGAUGAGGUACUGGUGAAUGGCAAUGAGAAGAGGGGGCGUGUCUCUCUUCAAGUGAACUUUACCUACCUCUAUUUGACCAGCCAAUUAGAGCUCACCGUCUGGGUGCCACGAUUACCGCUCCAAAUUGACGUCUCUGAUGUGGAGCUCAACCAAGUCAAAGGAUGGCGGGUGCCCAUCAUCACUAACAAGAGGCCGACGCGGGACAGUGAGGAUGAUGAGGAGGAUGAGAGGAAGGGCAAAGGCUGUGCCCUGCAGUAUCAGUAUGCUCUGGUGCGUGUUCUCACACACUUUGUAGCCGAGCCAGCUGACCCUGGCGGAGAGUAUGUGCACAUGCUUGGAUCUGAUUGGUCAGCUGACAUCACAGACAUGGUCCUGGACUUCCUGAAAGUGGAAAAUACACGCAUUGCCCGACUGAUUGAUGGAAGGAUUUUGGCUGGAAGAUCCCCAGGCAACACCAAUAUACAGGUGAUCUUCCCUUUGUUUUACUCCAUUCUGGCUGAGAGGGCCAUCACAGUGCUGGAUGAUAAAGUGAGCAUCACAGAUCUGGGAGUUCAGCUGGUGGGCUCCUUGAGUCUCUCACUACAGCCCAGUUCCAUCAACAGCAGAUCCUUCUACAUCACGACUACUGCUCAGGACCUGUUGCACACACCCAAACAGGAAGCCAUCAUCAGUGCGUGGAUACAGUACAGUGAUGGCUUUGUGACACCUCUCGACAUCUAUGACCCCAAAGACUUUACUCUAACCAUCACCUCUCUGGAUGAAACUGUGGUCUCUACCUAUCAUGACCCAUCACAGCGCUGGCCUGUGGUAGUGGCAGAGGGUGAGGGCCAGGGGGCACUGCUGCGUGUAGAGAUGAUGAUCUCAGAGACCUGCCAGAAAUCUAAGAGGAAGAGCAUUUUGGCAAUGGGUGUAGGAAGCGUACAAGUGAAGUUUGGACAAAAUGACCUGGAGCAGAGGAGUGGAACUCGAGAGGAAAACAGUCUGGACAACAGCACAAAUGAACAGAGACACAAAGUUCUAGAGUCAGAUAAAACAGGAGAUAGCUGGAAAUACGCAAACACUGCAGUAGAACGGGAAGAGUCGGUCCUCAAGAAAAUCAGCACAACUGCAAAGACUACGCUAAUUAGUCGUUCUGGAGGCAACAAACAGGGUGGUGGACAAAACAACAAUGCUGGGGACUAUACCAGUUUCCCAGUGCAGGUGGACCUUCCUGGCGGGGCAGAGAGUGACUUGACCCAAGCUCCAAGAGGUCUGUCAGACCUAGAAAUCGGUAUGUAUGCCCUGCUCGGAGUCUUUUGCCUUGCUAUUCUUGUCUUCCUCAUCAACUGUGUCAGCUUUGCUUUCCGCUACCGCCACAAACAGCUUCCAGUUCUGGAGCAGGGUAACAUGAAUCAUGCCCAUGACUGGGUGUGGCUCGGCAAUGAAGCGGACCUGAUAGAUCAUCAUGGCGAACACGGGCCUCUAGCACACAGUGAAGAGUGCACGACUGCGAUAGAUCGCAAUGAGGGCUGUGAGGAGAGCAAGUAUCUCCUCAACGGGAGUGGUAUUCAGAAAAGCGGUUCUUCGCAUGGACGUGGCAUCCCCCAUGUGCACUCCGAUCCGCGUUCCUGUUCGGGAAAUGACCCUACUGGCAAAGUCGAACCCCUUAACAAUUCCCCUAGUGCUGCCAAACGCAAAAGAGUCAAGUUUACUUCCUUUGCUACAGUUUUACCAGACGAAGGUGGGCCGUACACCAACUCAAUCCUUAUUGGCAAUGAAGAUGACAUUAAGUGGGUCUGUCAAGACAUGGACCUGGGACAUUCAGCCGAGCUCAGAAGCUACAUGGAGAGACUGCAAGACAAUCUGUAGGAGCUGAGAAGGAAAAGAAAGAAAGGGAAAGCAAGAGGGCGGACACAAAAACUCACCAGAAAUGCCUUUGCACUGUGGGGGGAACGCAGGGAGAGUGGGAGGGAGGAAUUAUUUAAGUAUUGAAAGUGGAUGCAAGGAGUCGGAAAGAAUAAAAUCCAUCAGGAGUCCAGAGUCAAGUAGGAAAUUCACAGAAAGGGGAAAUGGGUGAAGAGAGCCUGGCACGUUUAUACUGGCUCUGACGAGCGGUCCAGGUGGCACAGAGAGAGCAGCUGCCAAUUGACUAGCGCCGGGGACAGAACGCCAGUUACCGACACCCUGAAUACACAAGCCCAAACAAGACCAGUGAGAUAGAGAAAGAAAGGAAACAAACUUGACAGCUGUACAUAAAAUCAACCAACAGGGGUUGUUAUCUCUGAUGUAAUUUAUUUUGACUGAAAUUAUACAAGUCGGAGUUCUGGACAGACUCAACAGGUCUUAUUUUAUUUUAGAUAAUACCAGGCUGUUUUCCAGAUUAGUUUGUAUCCAGACCAAAACAAGCCCUCAAAGCGCCCAGACUGCCCCAGAACCAGGUGCGUGUUUGUUUUUUUACCAGUUAUUUUGUACCGUCUGUCUCUCCUGCGUGAAUUUCGAGAGAGCUGGGGUAGGUGGACAUGUGGGAUUCCCCCUGGCUGGAAUUGUACCAGCUGUAUCUGCACACACACUGUUCAAGGAGUCUAUGAAAAACACCAAAACGCAACAGUCCUCCCUCUCCAUCUCUCCUUUUGGGAAUAAACCCACAAGACAUCCAUGAUGGAAAGCAACAUGACAAUAUAAAGACUCCUCGUACUCCGUCCAUUUGAUCAAGUGAAUGUGGAACAAUGGACUGAGGACUUCUUUGGAGCCCCACUGGGAGGUUGUUCAUUUGCACAAUAAGAAUAAUACAGAAAGUGCAUAUACAUAGCGGCCCUCAGCUGAUCUCAGACCAGCCCGCAAGACUGUCUAAACAGCAACUUAUCCAGAAGAUGCGAUGAUGAACAUGGGACGGAGAGUGUAAACAUACAAGCCCACAAAACUGAGUUGUGUUUGUUAUAAAACCAUAUGAUUGCUGUAAUAGGAAAAUAUACAGAGUAGAUGGUCUAUUACUCUCCAGUAUGGUAAAUGUAUGAAUGUUUCUCUUUUUAAUCGAGGCGAAAUGUACAUCAUUUGCCCCCUUUUUAUGAGAGACGAGCACCUCCCCAUGGUUUUUACUUGUCCUAUAGGUUAAAGCAACUUUCUAUUUCUGCCUCACUAACCCCAGCGUUUACCCAGCUCCUUCAAUCUUUGUUGUUUAUAUUACUGAAGAGUUGUGGGGAAGGACAGAUGUGGAAAAAACCUUCCCUUUGAAAGCUCAGGUGAAAAUACGCUCACAGAUAAACAGUGGUAGAAUUGAAAUGUAGAUUGUAAGAAUGCAAUAUUUAUUUGUAAGUGUAAUAUGAGAUAGGAUGUAAAUAAAAAUGAUUCAAAAUUUCUUGUGGACACUGCAAGAAGGCUGUUGCCUACAUUUUCACAAUCGACACAGUUGUGUCACGGGGCCAUGUAAGUGUUUCAUAUUCUUUGUUCAAGUCUGAUUUCCACUUAAGGAAUAAAAAAAAUUAGGGUUUAAAAUGUUCA